AGUGCGUAGUUUGGGGUUUUGCCGACGGCGCUGAUGUGGUUGGACGAUUUUUCAUCGAAUUCGCAAAAGAGUGACUUUGACGCCCAAAAUCUCACUUCCUGAGCAAAAGAGGAUCUUCUUGUACUUCCUGGCCCUCUGACAGUAAGUGGAUGUUCCACGCAGAAAAGAUGGGAGACAAGAACGGAACGGCUCCGCCACCGUAUGGCUUUGUUCCACCGCCCAGCGCCCCGCCCAGCUACGCGCAGGCUGUCGGUGGUGUGCCCCCGGUGAGCCCCUUCACGCCGCAGGCCAGCACGCGCGUGCCCGCGGCUAUCGUGACGACAGUGGUGCCCAUCGGGCCGCACACCACCCACAUGAUCUGCCCCACUUGCCACGCAGAGAUCAACACGCAGACCCGCAGCGAGCCCGGGCCCAUCGCAUACCUCAGCGGACUCGUGAUCGCGCUGCUCGGAUGCUGGCUGGGCUGCUGUCUGAUUCCGUGCUGCAUUGACGAGUGCAUGGACGUCCAUCACACGUGUCCCAACUGCAAGGCUUACCUGGGACGCCAUCGCCGAUAAGCGCU